GUGACAUGGCGAGGUGUGUGAUGAGAGGAGGGCAUGUGUGUGUGGUCUGCCUGGCACUGAGGCCGAGAGCGACAGGAGGUCAGCGAUGUGUGACACCAGGGCGGUGACUGUGGUGACAGGCAGGGGAAACACACAUGCAGGGAUUUGCAAAAGUUGCUCCAGCAGGAUUUUCUUUACGCUCUCAUUCAACCAAGAGACCUCUACCAGUUGUUUUCAGUUUGAUUCCUUUAACAAGCUGUGGAAUAGGAAGCACACACAGCUACCUGUUCAUUUUGGAUGUCUCAUCCAGGACGGAUUGGUUUUCCUCCAGGGCUUUCAUGCACUUUGGGAUAAAUUUUGUUGUAAUGCUUCAACUUAAGUUGCCAGAUAAUCUUCAAAGGGAUGGACAGGAGUUCCAAGCAUUUAACAAAGUUUUGCAUGUCAAAGGUGCUGUUUUACAUGCUGAGAGGUGACUCGCCAUGCAGACCUUGUAUUACAGCAUGCACCCGAGCCUCUACCUGGACCGCGCACGAAUACGCCCACGAGUCUUGGAGGACCAAGUGGAGCUGUGGUGGUUCAGAGAGCCACGGCACUCCUUGUUUUGCUACAGUGUGUCCGUGGCCCUAAUUGUAGGGCUGGGCCUCGGCGGCGUGGGGCUCCUCUCCACCACCACCAGUUUGUCUGGGCCAUGGCGUCUCGGAGUGGGCACCACUCUCUGCCUCUUGGCUCUGGCUGUCCUCCUCAAGCAGCUCCUCAGUUCUGCCAUCCAGGACAUGAACUGUGUGCGAAGCCGGAGCCGAAUUGAGCAGCUAAAGAGCGGCGGAAGAGGUGACCCAGCUCUGAUUUUAGCUGUGGGCCUGGCAGUGACAGUCUGUGGGACCAUCCUGCUCUGCGUGGCCACACUUACCGUCCAACGCUACGACAGGAGAGGAAUGCUGGUGUCUGGGAUUGUGCUUAUGAUUUCUGGGGCCAGCAUGGCUCUGGCUGUGGUGGCUUACGGCGUCCUGAUGCAAUUUAAGAGAAGACGAGAGCGGAGGAGGAGGAGGAGGGUGAGAGUGAGCCGAGCAAGGAGGCUGGAUGGCCAGGCUGCCCGCGUGUUGAGCGUUACAGGCGAACAAAUCGGGGAGACUUUUACCAGCUGGACAAGUCUGAUCUGAGAGGAAAACGCCUUUUGGCAAAGGGACUGUCAAAAUUAAAGAAAUAGAAUAUAUAAUAGUUAGAUAAUAGUCAGAUAUAGACUAUCACAAAACAACACAAAUUCUAGUCAGGGAGGCUUCAACACAUUUUUCAGAGUAUUUUUACUGUCUAAAUGCUCAUUUCAAACCACAAAAGUAACAAUUUAUUUAACAUUAAAUCAAUUUAAAACAUCAAUUAAUUUAAUAGGGCUGUUUUUUUUUGUGAAAGGCACUUUUAGAAAUCAUUAUAACAGGAACUUCCAAUAGUACUGUUGUUACUUUUGUCAGUUUACUCUAGUUACUUUAGCAGAAAGAAAAAAAGUUUUGGAAAAAGAUAAACUUUUAAAAAUACACAUUUUGGACAAGAAGUGAAAAUAAUUAUAAUCCUUUGUAAAACUUUAUUGCACAGAUUACUUAGUUUGACUAUUUUGCUUAUUUUAGUUACUUAAGUUGGUUUAUAAUUUAUUAUAUCUUUAAAGAAUGCAUAGUACAACUGAAAUAAAUCUGACUAACCAGGUAACUUCAAAUUAUCACCUAUUUGAUGUGAGCACAUAAGAAAUCCUCUUAAAAUUGAUUUAUGUUCAGUUCAAUAAAGUGUUUCUUCACAAGCAGCUGGAUUCCAAAAUUUUAAUUAAUUAUGUAUUCAAAUUUGACAUAAAUUUAGGAUAUAAACACCAAAAUUACAAUCAGAACAUUUUGACAGGAAGAAAUGUUCAAACUAACUUUUCAUUCAUUGAAAAUCAUUUAUUUCAUUAAACAAAGAAUGGUUUGUGUCAAAACCAUGAAAUCCUUCAAAUUAGCAAUGAUUUCUUAAAAUCUGGGAUCCAAUGUGUUGAAUAGAGCUAUAUUCGUUAUUUUGAUUAGGCUUGAUGCUUUUAGAAACUAGAAUGAUCUCAUGACUCAGGGUGUUAACAUUGGUUUAAGUAGUCUUAAUUAUUGUAUUGGAUAGAUCAGUUUCCAGGCUUGCAGCCUUAGCUAUAAUAAGCUAAAAAUAAUUAUUUUAUCAAUCUUUGCACACCUUCAAUAAUCCUCAAUCCAGGGGUUAAGAUCCCUUAAAAAAAAAAAA